AUGUCUGCGAAUAACAUUGAGAGCAAUGGAAAAUCCGCCGUGAACAUGGGGCAGCAGCCUGCGCAUGCAGCUCCGGUGGCUGCCGUAUUUAGUGCACUCGGGCCGUGGUCAACUGGUUUAUGUGGUUGCUUUGAAGAUACCUCCAAUUGCUGCGUGACCUGUUGCUGUCCCUGCAUCACUUUCGGUAGGAAUGUCGAAAUAAUUGACAAGGGAACCACAUCCUGUGCUCAAGCUGGGAUCAUAUACUACUGCCUGGCGCAUGUUGGGUGCGCAUCAUGUUACUCAUGCACCUAUCGUACCAAACUAAGGGCUUACUUCAAUCUCUCCGAAGACCCUUGCAACGAUUGCCUUGUUCACUGCUUCUGCCUCCCUUGUGCUGUCUGCCAAGAAUAUAGAGAGCUCAAGAAUCGCGGCCUCGACCCUUCCCACGGAUGGAUAGCAAAUGUUGAGAGAUGGAACCAGCUCGCGGUCAGGACAACUGUGCCCCCAACUUUUGAAGCCGGGAUGUAUCGUUAG